AUUCUCAAGAAAAUUAAAGAAGAAAGAAAAAUUAUGUCGCUAAGCUGAUUCAACAUAGAAAAGUUAUACGAUAACCAAUUUCCAAUAAGACGCUUCAGUAGGUACGUCAUAGCAAAGCGUACUUAGAUAUAAGUAGAAGAUUUACUUUAUUUUAUUAUACAUUAGUUGUUAGAGUUGUGGAUUUAAUAUGAUUAUAAUAAGUAAACGUAUGCGAGUCAGAAUAACUAAUAAGCAUAUUAUAAGAAACGUACGUGUAGUAGAUAAGAGUUUGUAUGAGUAAGCACUCUACGUUUUACCUUUUAUAUUUACGUUAUACUUUAGAACUUAAGUAGUUUUAAGAACACAAGGAUGCAAUCAUUUAUACGGAAUCAACAUAAAGAAGAAAGAAAUUUGUUAAAGGCCCUAAAUUCAUUUCAUAUUUAUCGAAAUUUAUGGGGUUUGAGUUGACUUUGGCAACACUGACUGUUGCAAAGUGAACGUUCCACCAUUUUGAAUCGUUGGCGGAAGAUCUCCAAGCAGACGCGAGUUCCCCGGGAAGGUUCCUCAAAUUAUGCUGGUAAAUAUUGAGAAUAUUAUAAUUUAAAGGGCACCAACAAAGGGAUAAGCGUGUAGAUAGGCAAGAUUGUGAAAAACUACGUAUUUACUUCAUAGGUACAGUGAACUCGCCGCCGCCAACCACACCGGACAAGACAACUCGGAUUUGACGAAAACCCCCCUGAUUAGACCUGCUAUCGGACUAGACUAUUUCUCGGAUUAAACAAGAAAAGAGCUUACACAAACAACAUAAUGGACGAUUUGCUUUUAAGAAGGCUUAGGCUCAUUAACGACAAACUCACCACAGACAUAGAAGUUAUUCCUGUUACCAUUAAUUCAGAGAACUUAGGGCAGGCUCAAAUUACUUACAGUAAAUUAGAUGCAUCUCUGAAAAGACUUGACAACGACUUGAUGGAGUACUUUCGCUUGGCUUCGACACCUGCUUCUGAUGAAAUAUGUUUACUGAGUGGAUUGCAACUUCAAACAGAGGAGACUUUGGCUGAACUUAAAGUGAAGAUCGACCAAAUAACUUUGAAAGGCAACGCUACAGAGAAACCUCCGGAAGCGAAUGCCUCAUGCCGACUCCCUAAACUUCAGCUGCCGGUGUAUAGUGGAGAUGUGCUCUUUUGGUGUGAGUUCUGGGACUCCUUCAAGAGCAACAUUGAUUCAAGAAAUCUGCCUGAUGUUGACAAGCUCUCCUAUCUUAAAGCCUCGGUGACGGGAGAUGCCAAGAAAGCCAUAGAUGGUCUGUCUACUACUAAUGCUAAUUAUAGAAUAGCCAUAUCAAUCCUGAAGGAGCGUUUCGGCAAGACCUCUCAUCUCAUUGACGCGCAUUAUGCAACACUAUAUAAGGUUAAGAUGGCCAAAAGCACCGCUGAAGACUGUAGAAAGACAUUCAACGAAGUUGAACGAAAUCUCAAAAUUUUGGAAUCAUUAGGUGAAAACAUCAAUCACAAUCAUCUUCGUUUUAUGUUGCUGGAGAAAUUUCCACCCGAUCUAGUUUACGAAAUUAAGCUGAAGGUUAAUGAUGAUUCUAUACAAGAAAUCAGGAACCAAUUAGAUAGAAUUAUUACCGCAAAAGAGGAUGCUGAAAGGAUUUCAGGAAGAAAACGCACGCAUGAAGCAGAAGAUAGUACAGUUGGAACUCUACAUAUAAAUGUGAAACGUGCAAGAAGCGCAUAUCAACCCAAACAGCAGCAAGGUCCCCCUAAGAAACAAAAUCCUCAAGGAGGUUUUGAUAGAAGACCGGAAAGGAAGAAUAAGUUUGAUAGUAUUAAUAAACCCAAUAAAUGGAACAGACCAAAACAAACUCCGACUUCUAACAAGGAUCAACCAGAACCUCAGCAGGGCUCUCCGAAGGGGAGAACAGCGUGGACAUGCAUCUUUUGCAAAGGUGAUCAUUACAAUGAUAAGUGCUCUGAAGCUACUACCUUAGCAGAAAGAAAGAAACGACUUGGAAAGAAAUGCUUCAUGUGUUUGAAGUUAGGCCACUUUAUAAAAGACUGCAAGAACAAACGUAAGUGUAGCAUUUGCUGUAGUGAGACACCGCAUAACAGAGCUUUAUGCCAUUUAAAUUUUCAGAAGAAUACUGCAAUGAAGAAACAGUCCUGACGGUUCUAGGAAAGGGAUUCACUACUCUUCAAACUUCUGUCGUUAGGGCUAACCCCCUAGAUGAUAAAAAUAAACAAUAUAAAUAUAGACUUCUUUUAGAUCCAGGCUCUCAGCGCUCCUAUGUCACAUUUCAAACUGCCAAGGAAUUGAAGCUUCCCAUUGAAGAGGAAAGUCAUUUAACUAUAUUUACCUUCGGUGAAGAUCCUCCUAAAGAAAUACAUAGUCCAAUAGUUACUUUACAAUUGCUGUCAAGGACAAAUAAGAAGAUAGUUAUACAAGCCAACUGCGUUGAACGUAUUUCAAGAGGAUACAUACCCACUGUCAAGUUGAAGGACUUACCGGAGUCAUAUAUACUAGCGGAUGACGGCUCGCUAAGCGGACAGGUGCAGAUUCUGGUUGGAAACGAGUACUACUUCAACCUAAUUUACGAGAAGAAAAUACAAUUGGGUAGUAACCUGUUCCUGGUCGAUUCUGCCCUUGGUUGGAUAAUAAGUGGUAGAACAGAACCACAGCUUAGUGACGAGCCCUAUGUAGUGACUUACGCUCAGACUUGUAUAGAAACGAAGCUUCAUCAACCUGACCCACCCCUUUGUGAUGGAGACAUAAAGAGCCUCUGGGAACUAGAAUGUAUAGGUAUUAGUGAUUCACCGAAAGCAACUAGAGAAGAAGAAGCAAUCAAGUAUUUUAAUAAUACCACUCUGAAAUUAAAUAAUCGUUACACGGUAAGCUGGCCAUGGAUAACUUACCCACCGGACUUACCCAAUAAUUAUGGAAUGGCUUUUGGUCGCUUAUCAAGCUUAUUGAAGCGUAUGGAUCAAGGCACGUUGUUAUCAUACGAUGAUACGUUUAAACAACAAUUAGAUAAGGGUAUAAUAGAAGUUGUACUUGCUUCAAGAACGUCAACGGAUAACGUAGUUCACUACCUACCCUUCCAUGGAGUAUGCCAUCGAGGGAAACCUAUGAGAAUAGUUUAUGAUGCUAGCUCCAAGAGCAGCAAAGACACCAAGAGUCUGAACGAAUGUUUAUACAGAGGACCACUCAUGUUAGAAGACCUCACAGGUUUACUCAUUAAAUUUAGAACUCAUCAGAUAGGACUAACCUCGGAUAUUGAAAAGGCGUUCUUACAGAUGGCGUUACACGAAAAGGAUCGUGACGUAACCAGAUUCCUGUGGCUCAAAGAUACCUCUAAACCGAUAUCUCAAGACAACCUAUUACACCUUAGGUUUUGUAGAGUUCCAUUUGGCGUCAUUUCGUCACCGUUUUUGCUUAAUGCAACAAUCAAACACCACCUGUCUAGUGCGGAACAUCAACAAGUCAGACUAAAAGCAAAUGAC